AUGGCACGGCCGGUUAAGAGGCAAGCACCAGGAGCACAAGUAGUACAAGGAGCACAAGAUGACAUUAAGGAGGAACACCUUUUGGCUUUCAUUCUGAAGAAGGAAUAUGAUAAAGAACAAGAAUGCAAAAAAAGGCUCAAGGAAUAUUGUGAAGAGUUGAAGAAAGCAGAUGAAAAUCUAGAGAAAGUGGAUGAAAAAGUUAAAGAACUUUGUGAUGAAGCAAAACGAGACGAAAAAUGCAAAGACCUGAAAGCCAAAGUUGAAAAAGUAUUGAAAACUUUUGAAGAGGAACUUGAAACUGCAUUGGUAGAGAUAAAAGAUGAAGAAGAAUGUAAAAAACAUGAAGAAAAAUGUAUACUUUUAGAAGAGACGGGUUAUAAUAAUAUUAAGAGUGACUGUGUCGACUUGAGGGAAGGAUGUUACGAAUUGAAGCGUAAAAAGGUGGCAGAGGAGCUCCUUUUGAGGGCGCUCGGAAAGGAAGCUAAAGAAAAAGCUAAAUGUCAAGCAGAGAUGAAAAAGGUUUGCCCAGUGUUAAGUCGAGAAAGCAACGAGUUGAUGUCUUUCUGCCUUGAUUCGGAUAAAACGUGUGAAACGCUGGAAACCAAAUUCAAGGAUGUUUGUGAGCCUUUAAAAAAAACAUUGGAGGCAAAUGAAUUAGCGGAGAAGUGCUAUGAAAGACUUGAGAAAUGUCAUUUUUACGGAGAAGCGUGUGAUGGCGCGAAAUGUAAGGAUGAUAAGACGAAAUGCGAGGGAAAAGGAUUCACAUAUAAAGCGCUGGAAUCCGAUUUUAGUCCGGUCAAGCCGAAGGCGUCGUUGUUGAGAAGUAUUGGGUUGGAUGAUGUUUAUAAAAGAGCUGAAAAAGAAGGAAUUAUUAUUGGAAAAGUAGGCGUGGAUGUACCAAGAAGGUUUGGUGAAGAUUUUCUGCAAGAUCUCUUGCUACUGUUGAGCGAAAAUGUGAAUGAGAAGGAUGAUGCGGGGAAGAAAUGCACUGAACUGUUAGGAAAAUGUAAUGAUUUUAAGCAUUUGGAUCAUGAUUUGGAAAAGUUAUGCAAAGAUGAAAAGAAUAAACAAGAGAAAUGCAAAGAAUUACUAGAUGUAAAUGUAAAAGAAAGAUGUACACAUCUCAAAUUAAAUCUUUAUCUGAAAGAUUUGUCUACAAAAUAUGAAAAAGCUGAAGAAUCAAAACUUUUAUUCUGGAGAGAUCUGCCAACCUUAUUUACAAAGGGAGAGUGUGCAGAACUUGAGUCGGAAUGUUUUUAUUUAAAAAAGGCGUGUAAAGAUAAGGAGAUUGAUGAAGCAUGUCAAAAUGCACGAGCAGCGUGCUAUAAAAAAGGACAAUAUAGGGUCAUGAAUACACUCUUUCGAGAGGGGUUGGGUGAGAACCUUGGUAGUAUAAGAUAUUAUAAUAGCGAUCCUGAGGGUUGCAAAAAAUCUGUGGUAGAAAAGUGUACAAAACUUAAAGAUAAAAAAUAUCUUCCACAAUGUCUUUAUCCUAAAGAACUAUGUUAUCUGCUUUCAGAUGAUAUUUUUCUUCAAUCCAAAGAGUUAGGUGUGCUUUUGGAUGAUCAGAGAGAUUUUCCAUUUGAAAAGGAUUGUCUUGAGUUGAAGGAGAAGUGUGAUGAACUUAAAAAUCAUACAUAUUUGAAUUCAGAAAAGUGUAUAACAUUGAAAAGACGCUGUGAAUACUUUAGAGUUUCAGAGAGAUUUAGAAAAGUAUUUUUAGAAAGAGAAGAUGAUGCAUUAUACGAUGAGCAAAAUUGUACGAAGGCAUUGCAUGAGAAAUGUAAUACUUUAUAUAGGAAAAGGAGGAAUCCAUUUGGGUUUUCAUGUGCUUUGCCAGAAGAAACAUGUAAAUAUAUGGUACACCAUACAAGUCAAGAUUGUAGAUAUUUAAAAGUCAACAUCAAAAAUGAAGAAAUUCUAGAACAAAUUGGAGAAGCAAAUAAAAAUAAAAAUGAAACAACACUCGAAGAACUCUGCACAACAUGGGGCCGACAUUGUCAUCAACUUGUGAAAAAUUGUCCAGAUCAGUUGGUAAAAGAAGAGGAGAAAGAUAAUAACUGUCUAAAACUUGAAGAAGAAUGCAGUGAAACCUUUAAAAAGUUGAAAUCGAAGGAUGAGUUGACUCACCUGUUGAAAGGCAGUUUAAGCGAGGAAAAAAAAUGUAAAGAAGCAUUAGGAGAGCGUUGCGCUGAGUUGAAAAAGAAUGAAACAUUCAAAAUUCUGCUUGAUAAGUGUGAAGCUAAUGCCUUGGGAAAUGUUUGCGAAAAAUUAGUUGAUAAAUUACAGAAGAAAUGCCCUACUUUAAAAGCCGAUCUGGAUAAAGCAAAAGAGGAAUUAGAAAAGAACAAGAAUGAAUACGAUAAGCUCAAAAAGGCGGCAGAAGAUUCUACGGAGACAGCUAAAUUAUUGCUAUCAAGGCCUAAACAAGACAAACCGCCAAAUGCGCAGAAUGGCAGUGAUUCUACACUAGUACCACCACCACCACCACCACAAGCACCAGGGUCACCACUACCACCACCAUCACAAAAUGGAACUCCAGGCACAUCAAGUGGAACAUCAGAUACAUCAAGUGGAACGCCAGGUGCACCAAGUGGAACAUCAGGCACACCAGGUAAUGGAAAGACAGACUCUGCAAAACUUGGACUCGUUAAAAGAGCAUAUGUAGCUGAAGAAGUAUCAGAAGUUGAGGUAAAAGCAUUUGAUGCAACGACGAUAGCAUUGGAAUUGUAUUUGGAAUUGAAAGAAGAAUGUAAAGCUUUAGAACUAGAUUGCGGUUUUAGAAAGGAUUGUUCGAGUGUUGAUGAUGUUUGCAAAGAAAUUGACACAUUAUGUAAACUGGAACCAUUAGAAAUUAAGCCUCAUCAUACAGAGACGCAAAAAGAAAUCUCAACCACUACGACGACCACUACGACGAC